AUGGGCUCUAUCGGAACUAUUUGGACGUACCCAUCUAACCCACGGGCCAUGAAGGUUGAGGCCGCAGCAGCUCUGAACCAGCGGACGGUGGACUACGAUCCCAAUUUCACCAUGGGAAAGACGAACAAGACACCCGAUUUUCUCGCAGAAUUCCCCAUGGGGAGGGUUCCGACUUUCAAGUCUGCCGGAGGCCUGUUCCUUUUUGAGUCAGAUGCCAUCGCUCAGUACGCCGCCGAGAGCGGCCCUUCGAGCACCCAGCUUCUGGGCGCUACGAUAGAAGAGCGCGCUAUUAUUCGACAGUGGAUCGGUUUCGCCGAUCACGAACUAUUUGAGCCAGUGACGACUCUGAUUCUCUGGCGUUUUGGUAUGGCCCCAUUUAGUGAAGAGGCCGAGAAGUCUGCGCUUCAACGCUUCAACGCCUCCCUUGCGGUGUUGGAGGAGCGGUUGCAAAACCGUCAGUACAUCGCUUCGGAUCAGCUAAACUUGGCGGAUAUCUCCGUUGCCGCAGGCCUAUACUUGGGUUUUGCGCAGAUCAUCGAUAGAGAGCUUAGAACCAAGUAUAGCCAGACUACAGAGUGGUAUCUCCGAGUAAUUCAGGAUGAGAGCAUCAAGUCCGCCUUUGGCGAGAAGAAUUUCAUCGAGGUCAGGCAGGCUAGCCCUUUGAAGUAA